GGGCUUCUGUGGCUUUUAUUUUUGCAUGUAAACCACUGGGGGGAGUCUUGAUGGUGUGAGCACCCUAGAGAUUAGGCUGGCGUUCUGAGGGCUCCAGACACUAGCUGGAAAGUCAGGUGACAGAAACAGUGAAUCAGACCGAUCACAUGAUUACAAAGCUGGGGGUUCCAGAAGGGCUCCAGGUGGUCAGGGGUGGACAUCUAAGGAAGCAGUAACAUGGGAGGGGCAAGCACUGGGCCAGCCUUGAGCUGCCUGGAUGACAUCAGGGACAGAGGAUCUGGUAGCUCCAGGGAUCUUCAGUCCAUGCCUUACUUGGCCAGGGGUUUCCUGAAGGACCUGCCAGCAAGCUUGGCUUUGCUGCCCAGCUCCUCCUUGAUUCUAAGGAUCUGAUUGUACUUGACCAGGUGCUUAGAUCGGCAGGGGGCACCAGUCUUGAUCUGCCCAGUGCAGAGCCCCACCACCAGGUUGGCAAUGAAAGUGUCCUCAGUCUCCCCAGAUCAAUGGGACACCAUGACACCCCAACCAUUGGACUGGGCCAACUUAAACGCCUGCGGAGACUUGGUCACAGAGCCAAUCUGGUUCACUUUGAGCAGGAGGCAGUUGCAGGACUUCUCACCUGCAGCCUUGGCGAUCCGCUUAGGGUUGGUCACUGUGAGGUCAUCCCCCACCACCUGGAUGCCUGCAGUAGCUGUGAACUUCUGCCAAGCAUCCCAGUCAUCCUGGUCAAAGAGAUCUUCAAUGGACACCACUGGGUAGUCCUUGAUGAAGGACUUGUACAGGUCGGCCAGCUGGUCGGGUGUGAUGUACCGGCUGGCAUCAUCCGGAGACUUGAAGUCCAGGUUAUACUUGCCAGUCCUGUAGAACUCGGAGGCAGUCACAUCCAUGCCGAUGACAACCUGGUAAGUGUAGCCGGCCUUUGCAAUGGCAGACUUGAGCAGCUCCAGUGCUUCUUUGUUCUCCAGGAUUUUAGGUGCGAAUACACCCUCAUCAUCCACAUUGGUGGCGUGAUGAUGUUCUUCAGGUUGUGGUAAACCUCUGCUCCAAUGCGCAUGGCUUCCCGGAAAGAGGAUGCCCCCACAGGCAGGAUCAUGAACUCUUGCAUGGCCAGCUUGCUGCCAGCGUGAGAACCAUCCUUGAUCACAUUGAAAGUUGGAACGGGCAGAAUGACUUCAGGGUUGCCGGCCAAGUCAGCAUUGUGACAGUAAAGGGGCACCCCCUUCUCCACCGCACCAGUCUUGCAGACAGCCAGGGACACUCCCAGGAUGGUGUUUGCACCAAACUUAGAUUUAUGCUCCGUGUGUCCAUCUUGAUCAUCAGCUGGUCAAUCUUCUCCUGCUCUACAACAUUCAGUUUCUUGCUAACCAGAGCAGGUGCAAUAGUGUUCUUGAUGUGCUCAACAGCCUUUGGGACACCCUUCCCUAUGAAGCGGGUCUUAUUGUCUCGGAGUUCUAGGGCCUCGUAGAUGCCAGUGGACGCACCGCUGGGCACCGCAGCACGGAAGAGACCUUUUGCGAUGUAGAAAUCCACCUCAACGUUGGGAUUCCCAUGGGAGUCAAAAAUCUCUCUGGCAUGGAUCUUGAGAAUGGACAUGGUGAAGUUCUGGCACUAGAAUCACUGCAGAGGAAGGAAAGAGGGUCCUGUAGACACCGAAGGGAGUCUUAAGGACAGACCUGAGUGGCGUGGAAUUCUUCUUGUGGAGCAGGUUAUAAAUUCAACCAGAGAGAAGUUAGUUAUCUGUUGGGGUCCCUGCAGCACCUUGGAGGUCUGUGGGUCUGUGUCUUACUUCAACAGUGUUUGGACAGAACAAACCCGGAGACUCCCACUUUUUAGCUUCCAGUCGCCUUGCAAGUCUCUCUGGUCACAGCCUCUGGGACCAUCUCCUAGCAGCCUUCGGCUCCAAGGACCAGCCAGCACCAUCUUCGAGGUUAGCCCCAUAUUCCAGAUCAGCCAUGACCUCUCAGAUUUGUCAGAAUUAUUCCACCAAAGUGGAAGCUGUGUGAACCGCCUGGUCAACUUGCACCCGCGGGCCUCCUACACCUUCCUCUCUCUGGGCCUCCUUUUUGAUCGGGAUGGUGUGGCUUUGGAGGGCAAAGGCCACUUCUUCCGUGAAUUGACGCUAGGGCACCGAGCGUCUCCUCAAGUUGCAGAGUGAACUCAGGGGCCGUGCACUCUUCCAGGAUGUGCAGAAGCCAUCUCAAGAUGAACAGGCCAUGGAAGCUGCCUUGGCCCUGGAAAAGAACCUGAACCAGGCCCUGUUGGAUCUGCAUGCCCUGGGUUCUGCCCGCACAGACCCUCAUCUCUGUGACUUCUAGGAGAGACACUUCCUGGAUAAGGAGGUGAAGCUCAUCAAAAAGGUGGGCAACCACCUGACCAACCUCUGUAGGCUGGCAGGGUCACAACCAGCGCAGACUGGCAUAGACCAGGCAUCUCUGGGCGAGUAUCUCUUUGAGCACCUCACUGUCAAGCAUGACUAGGAGGCCUCUGAGCCUUCCAAGGGGCUCCCUCCUCUGCUCUGCACCAGCAGCCUCAGGACCUCCACCUGAGUGAAACUCUCAAGCCACUAGGCAGCUUUGUAACCACCCUGGAGCCUCGCCCAUCUUCCAAGUCUUGGACCAAGUAGAAAUAAAGCUUUUUGAAAUAGAAAAAGAAAAAAGAAAAAAAAGGAAUGCCUGUGUGUAAAACUAAGAGCAGGUUUUUGUACUGACCUUCAGAGAGUUGAUCCUUGUGCAAUGGCGCCUUCCAGGAAGUUCUUCGUCGGGGGCAACUGGAAGAUGAACGGGAGGAAGAAAUGCCUGGGAGAACUCAUCUGCACCCUGAACGCAGCCAAGAUGCCGGCAGACACCGAGGUGGUUUGUGCACCGCCAACCGCCUACAUCGACUUCGCCAGGCAGAAGCUGGAUCCCAAAAUUGCUGUGGCUGCACAGAACUGCUACAAAGUGACCAAUGGGGCCUUCACUGGGGAAAUCAGCCCUGGCAUGAUCAAAGACUUAGGAGCUACCUGGGUGGUGCUGGGACACUCUGAAAGAAGACACAUCUUUGGGGAAUCAGACGAGUUGAUUGGGCAGAAAGUGAACCAUGCCCUAUCCGAGGGACUCGGAGUGAUCGCCUGCAUUGGGGAGAAGUUAGACGAAAGGGAAGCUGGCAUCACUGAGAAGGUUGUUUUUGAGCAAACCAAGGCCAUCGCAGAUAAUGUGAAGGACUGGUCCAAGGUGGUCCUGGCCUAUGAACCGGUAUGGGCCAUUGGGACUGGCAAGACUGCAACCCCUCAACAGGCCCAGGAAGUACACGAGAAGCUCCGGGGAUGGCUGAAAUGCAACGUCUCUGAGGGGGUGGCUCAGUGCACUCGGAUCAUUUAUGGAGGUUCUGUAACUGGAGCGACUUGCAAAGAGCUGGCAAGCCAGCCUGAUGUGGAUGGCUUCCUCGUGGGCGGUGCAUCUCUCAAGCCUGAAUUCCUGGACAUCAUCAAUGCCAAACAAUGAGCACUGCUCAUCCCCCUACCUUCCUGCGUAGCCUGGACCAGGUUGCCCAGAAGUUUAGUAACUGCUCCCGCCAGUCACAUGCUUCUGAUGACAUCAUCAACUCCAUCUUGUGACCUAAUCCAUACUGUACCUUCCUGA